AGCUGAUUUGCACCCACAGCGCCACUUUUGAGCAGAUGCUAUCAACACAACAACAAAGGUCUGUUGGGGACGUUUUAGAGAAAACAAGAGAAGAUAAUGUGCUAAAAUAGCACACUCGUCUAUUCGUUUGUGAUGUAACCUAGUUAUUAGGGUCCAAUUGAAGAGCCGGCUAAGAUGGUCCAAGACGGUGCGCAUAUUCGUCGGCGGGGGGCCCAGGACUUUGCUUCCUACUACAGUUAUGCCUGUGCACGGCAGGACACUCUGCCUCUUCCUGCGGUCAUGACGAACCUGCUCAAAGGAAAGUUGGAUUUCAAUGGAGACAGAGUUAGGCUGACGGACUGGGCUCCCAUACUCUCGUCCAUAUCCAUCAACAAGCACCUCUACCACAUUGCAAUCAGCAGCACAUACCAAGUGGGUCUGGGUGCUGGAGACACAGAUAGGCGAUACUACAAAUCUAGCAACAGAAAGAAGAUUCCACCCAUUCGCUCGAAAGACAUGACGUUUAAGUUGUGUAAAGCCCUGCAAGAAUGUGUUACAGCCUCUCCCAACCUUAAGAGUCUUCACAUUAAUGGCCUUCCACUAAGGGAAAGGGACCUUAAUAGCUUGACAAAGGGUUUGUCAAAAAGCGUUUCAUUGGAACAACUUUCCCUUGCCAACUGCCCGAUAUCAGAUGAGGGCUUGGAAGUAAUUUGCCAAAGUGUGAAGUACACCACAUGCAUCAAGGCAGUGGAUUUUACCGGUUGUAAUCUCACGUGGAGAGGGGCAGAGCACAUGGCCAACAUCAUCAAGCACCAGGGGUUGUGGAGGCACAGCACAGCCUGGGCAGAGUCCCUUAGGUACCGGCGGCCAGAGUUUGGAGGGAUGGGGGGACUCCGGCGAAUCACACUCAACUGUAACUCUCUGAUAGGAGACCGGGGGGCCGCGGCCCUCGCACAUGAACUAGGGGAAGACCUUUGGGUCAAAGCCGUUGACCUCCAGAAGUGUGGGUUGUCUGACCAGGGGGCUCAAUGUCUACUGGAAGCUUUGAAAACCAACUCCACUCUUAAUGUGUUGGACAUUCGGAGUAACCCCCUUAUUGAUAAGGUCCUCAUAAAAGCAACGAUAGAAAAGGUCUUGAAGAACAGUGAUGGCCAGGCUUCAGAGUAUUACUGGAUAAAGCCCCCUGUUCCCAAAGAGUCACAGAAGGCCCCAGGUGCUAAGCGCAGAGGACCGGCAAAUGCAGCAAAAAGAAAAGCUACAUUUAGAAUAGCCACUCGUGGAGGAGCCUCCGCAGGAAGGUGGAGUCCGGUCGUAUCCCAGCAACAGCUGCACCGCUCCCGCCCCUCCUGUGUUCCGUGGAGGACCGCAGCUAGGGCUGAGCGCCAGCGGUGCCUGUCCACUGGUAUUGCUCUUGCGGAGCACGGCUUUCAGGGUGCAGCCACUUUGAAAGUGACCAUAGAUUCUUCAGAGGAAGAGGAAGAAGAAGAAGAAGAAGAAGUAGUGGUGGUUAAAUUGAAGAAGAGUCCUUCUCCUGUUGACCUUCACGACAGGGUUACCAAGCAACAGUACCAGCGUGUACAGAUGGAGCUAGAACAGUGUCGUAGGAGCUUGGCAGAGGAACGCAGAGCCAGACUAAGAGCUGAAUCCCAGCUCAGAGAGCACGAGCUGGAGGCCUCCCGCCUGCGCAGCCUCAAUCACUCCCUGUCUGAGGCGCUGGCCGAGGGGGCUAGGUCUGGACCCGCCGCCCUGGCUGCUUCCAGGGCCCUGGAGGAUGAAGCCGUGCUCCAGAGCAUCGAGAGCUCCUUCACCAAGUUCCACGCCUUCCUGGAUCUCCUGAAGGAUGCUGGUCUCGGCCAAUUGGCUUCCGUGGCUGGGAUCGACCAAUCUGACUUUGGCUUGCUGAGCAGGCCUCAGCUCUCCUCCACAAUGGGCCAGCCUCUGGAAGAGGAUCUGUCUGUGUCCAAAGGUGGCCUAAAACGUGCUGUCAGUCUUGGGGCAAAGAUUGAUGUUGCUGUACCUUUGGAAGCUUAUCCCCUGACCAUCCCCUCAGGAGAACAAGCUCCAGCCUUCCCUCCAGGGCCCCCAUCCGCUCCAAGGGAGUUUCUGUCCGGCAGUCGCCUCAGCCAGGCCAGUGGUCCUGCCAUAGACCCCAGUGUUGAUCUGGAGGGCAGAGGAGAAGAGCCGGAUCAGUUCUCCAAACCUGACACUCAACAGGACUCUGGGUCCGAGGGCAGUGUCCUGAGCCGCAAAUCCUACAGCCGCAGUUCCCGCGACAACAAAGCGUCCCGUUCGGCAAAUCACCACAGCAAUGGGAACUCUCACCAAAGUAACAGCCACUCCCAUCCUAGUAACGGUUCCCAUAGAUAUAGCCUCAACUACAGCUCUUUCCAUAGUGAUGGGUCUCUUCACAGCAGGGCCAAUGGUGACCGGUCACAAAGGUCGAGCCUCAGUGACAUCACAAGUGAGAAAUUGGAGUCUGAAGGGUCAUUUAGGGGGUCAAAGGGCAAUGGGGCGGGAAGGCGGGUGCUAGCGGGGAUUUCAGGCCGGGGACUGUUGCCGGGGCGAUCAAGUCCUCGGCUUGGGUCUGGGGACCAGAUUAAGUCUUUGGGCGUUCUCAGCGGAGGGUCAGAAGAUGGGUCAUUUUGACCUGAUAACCAGGGAGAUAUUAAAAGAUAUCUGAAGGCUUGUGUCAGCCCAUUUGGAGGAUAUAUCUACUAUGCGAUUCCGAAGCUCCCUUGGGUACAAAACAAGUUGAUCUAGAGUUUGAGAUGAAGACUUUCAUAAGGAGAGAACACAAAGACUGAAGUCCUUGAAAUGCCACCUAAAAGUUGACUUCAUCAGAUCUGUACUGCGGUGAAUAUAAAGGGUGUGUUGGUUUUUAUGAACUUGUUUUAUAUCUGCAUUAACAAAAGGGCUCUUUGUCACAGCUCUUUUAGAUCUGGAUUUUUAGAUCUUUUAGAUCUAGGCUUGACUUUAUUGUUUUUUUCCCAAAGGCUCUAUAGUGCUCUAUUCAGAUUUCUUUGUAGUUUUCAUGUUCUUUCACAUUGACAUUGAGCAAGUACCUUUUUGUAUGGCACCCAUAAUGAUUUAUUCACAGACAUUAAAUUCAAACGGGUUUUUACAUUA